AUGCACUGCCACUUCCUGGUAAUCUCUUCGCUCUUGGAAUCAAGAAUAGGAGAUACAUUUCAAUUUAACAUCAUCAAACCAUUUCAAGAGGGCAGCACCGGUCAUUAUAUCCGCUAUGAGGGACCACCGUACUGGUCAUUCGAGACUCCACCAGACGUAACAUGCGCGAAGUUAUCGAACAUUUCGAAGAAUCAUAUUAUUUAUAAGUUCUGCGCGGAGAGAGAGGCGGACCUUUCAUCCCUCGAGAAACCCUUUGAAGAUACUACCUAUCGCAAAAAUGAAAAGAUUAGAGGUACACUAGAAGAGGACCAAUUGUAUAAGGAAUGUUCCCGGCAAAUUCACAACCAAAAUUUUGGAAUAACUUUACUAAAUGUGUCUGCAAUCAGUAAAAACAGAAUACCUCCUUGUACCGUUCAAAUGAUCAUCUGGGAUAUCUCGCAUCGUCGUGCCCGAGCCUAUGGCCCUUACGGAAACUAUAGUCAUAAAUCUAGCGCCAAAGUCUCCCUUAAUUGGGACCUUUUAAUUCCCUUUCAUGAGUUCUUGGAUCGGAAAGAUCCCCUGAUGACCACAGAGGUACUGGGAGAGCUUACACAUCUUGUACAUGUCGCCGGAUUUCUAAAGCUGGUAACUCGUAAAUCUUUGGAGAAGGCUUACAAGAUUUCUCCAGCUCUUGGAAAUCCACCCGGAAACGAAAUCUACGAGUUUUUGGAGAAUUCUCAUAAUUUCAAGAUAAUUCCUCCACUCGAAGUUGAUGUUACUCGGUAA